AUGGGUAUACAUUUUCAUGAAAAGAAUUGGUCGUUUCUAAAGACGCAACCGACCUCCUCGAUCUCGCAUGGUUGGAGAGGAAUCCUGCGGGGCAGAGACCUUCUUCUAAAUCACCUAGGCAAGGCAGUAGGAAACGGUGAAUCAACAUCUGUUUGGACAGAUUCUUGGAUUCAACCAGAGACGAAGCUCAAACCUAUUGGCCCCGUCUUCCUCCUAGACAGAGACGUCAUGGUCUCAGACCUAUUGACACGAGAAACAAGAGAGUGCAAUACCGACCUUGUGGAGAAGCUCAUGCCUGAACUAAAGGAACACGUACUAAAGCUGCGACCUAGUGUCCUUGGUAAGCAUGAUGCAUACAUCUGGCCCCUGCAACAAUCAGGAUCUUACAGUGUUAAGUCGGGUUACUACUCCACCUUCCUAUCACCCAAUCAAUCGACUGAAAGGACUCAGGGAGAUAAUAAUGAAGGCAAAUGGAAAAAACUUAUCUGGUCUCGACAUCUCCCCCCGAAGCUAAAAUUCUUCCUCUGGAAGAUAGGCUCCAACGCGCUACCGUCUGGGGAAAAUUUGCGUAAAAGAGGGAUGCUCCAAAACAUCACCUGUAACCAUUGUGGGGAACCAGAGAAUGUGGAUCACAUCCUCUUUCACUGCCAAUACGCAAACGAGGUCUGGAGGUAUGGACCGUGGAAUCAAUCCAUCGAUACAACUGAUGCUACAACGUUCUUCGAAAAGCUUGAGAGAUCUUGGAACCUAACUCCACUCCCACCUUAUGGAUUCACGGGAAAUGCUUUGCCGUGGAUAUGCUGGGCAAUCUGGACCUCCAGGAACCAACGGAUCUUCGAAAAUAGAUCCCAAUCGCCAGAAGAAACAGCUCUAAAAACGAUCCAGGCCCUCAAGGAAUGGGAGAUUGCGCAACCCCCGAGCCUGAAAAUCCCCAAAUCAUUGAUUACUGGCCAGCAACAUGAUCCGAUGGUCCUUGAUCCCUCUGAAAUCUUCUGUAACACUAACGCGUCCUGGAGUCACACCUCUAAAGAAGCAGGACUAGCUUGGAUCUUCACAAAUGGAUCAGCAACAGAGAUAUUUCGCGGGUCGAUCAAGCAAAGCGCAGUCUCAUCGCCAUGCAUGGGCGAAGCUCUGGCGAUCAGAGAGGCCUUACUCCAAGCAGCCACCAAUCACUACUCCAUUAUCUGUAUUCGAACAGACUCUCAAGUGCUUGCUCAAGCUAUCACCUUUCGACGGAAGACGACAGAACUCUACGGGAUUCUAUCAGAUAUCGACGAGCUCGCUUUCUCCUCUUCCUCCCCCUUUAUCAAUUGUCGUUUUACUUAUAUUUCUAGGGCCAAUAACGGGCCGGCUGAUGGGCUUGCCAAGGCCUGUCUGGUAGCACAGCCCGUUGUAAACCCAAACCAAAACUCUGUUUAA